AACCAACCAACCAGCACAGAGGAGGGAGUCACCGGGGUCGCGUGACAGAGACUCAUAAGAAGCGUUGACCAGAGAGUGUUGUUCCUCAAAAGCGGAAGCAUUUUGCGAGAACCAACCACGAACAAUGGAUUUCCGAACUGCGUGUAUCGUGUGGGUGUCCCUUAUCGCGUUCACCUGUGCGGAGCCCGUCAAAUAUCACGACUGUGGAUCAGCUGUUGGAAAGGUUUCGAUGGUAGACAUUAAACCCUGCCCUAAUCAGCCAUGCCAGCUACAUAAAGGACAGUCUUACAGCGUCAAUGUGACUUUCAGCAGUGCUGUGGAAAGCCAGACCAGCAAAGCCAUUGUCCAUGGGGUCAUUGCUGGCGUUCCCAUCCCCUUUCCUAUUCCAAUCCAAGACGGCUGCAAAUCUGGAAUUGCAUGCCCCAUUCAGAAGGAGACAAACUACCACUAUGUGAAUGACCUACCCGUUAAAACAGAAUAUCCCUCCAUAAAGCUUUUGGUGGAGUGGGAACUAAAGGAUGACGAAGGCAAAGAUCUGUUCUGCAUCGAGUUCCCAGUCCAGAUUGUCAGCUGAAUAGGCACAUUCCAUUUUGCUUUUUAAUUAUAAAAGGGAGUUCAACUGUGAACAAAAAAUGUGUCUGCUUUGAAGAUUAUUUACAAACUACUGAUUUUAUAUCAAUUAUGUUUUAAGGACUGCUCCCUUCAUAGUUCUAAUAACAUCUUCCAUCAAGUUCCUCUUAACACAGUAUUGUGAGGUUAAGUUGGACCCCUACUCUUCCCUACCUUGGUGAAUCGUUUCCUCUUACCGUCUUGGACUGAGAACACUAACUGUAUUUUGUAAUGGUGUUUAGAUUUAAUAGCGGUGAUUCGUUUUUCUGAACU